AUGUCUUGGAAUGCUUACACCGAUAACCUCAUUGCCACCAACAAACUAGAUCGGGCUGCCAUCUACAGUGCUGCUGGAGACUCGCAGUGGGCUACCACAAAUGAUCUUACUCUUCUCCCGAACGAAAUCCAAGAAUUGGUUGCUGGUUUCAAAGACCCUUCAGGGCUGCAAGCUACAGGAUUGCACAUCAAGGGCCAGAAAUACUUUCUUUUGAAAAAUGAUGAGCGUUCCAUCUAUGGAAGACAUGAGACUGAGGGUAUCAUUGCUGUCAAAACUAAGCAGGCCAUCCUGAUUGCUCAUUACCCUCCAGGUGUGGAAGCUGGAGAGGCUACAUUGAUUGUAGAAAAGUUAGCUGAUUAUUUGAUUUCUGUCGGUUACUAA